AUAAUGAAAAUAGUGUGGCGGGAAACCGCGUCGUAGAUGGUCGGUGUCGUUGCGUUCUAAAUUCAAAUCUUUUUUUAUUUGUUUAAAACUUGUUCAGUAGCCUCUUUUCUCUAAGUUCAUCAACCAGUUACAUAGUUGCAUUACCAUAAUAAAUUAACAUAUCUUUUUUAAAGAAAAAAAAAAGUUAUUUCUAUCUGUGACAUUUGGUGUUAUACCUGUGUUAAUUCAAGUUAAUCUUCGGUGCUACUAGUAUGGACAAGGCUGAAUGGAAUUGUGCUUGUGAUUUUUGUGAUGGUACAUGGCCCAACUAGGCAGCUGCAAGAUGGCGGUGUCUGGAGACAUCACGGUCGCCCAGAAUAACGGCCAGGGGAAUGUCAAACUGCACCCGUAUUUAGUGGCUUUGGUCCGCUGGUGCGUGUCAUGCUUGUGGAGCACAGCGACGGUGGUGCUUCAUCGGCUGAUGAUGAGACCCCGGCUGCGGCCGCUUACUGCGUUAAAAGUACCUCCAAAAGACGGACCGAAGAAACCCCGAGCUGCCGGCACCGACCAUCUGCACCCUGAGCCAAAGGUCGAGUGUGUGGUGCUUCACGAGCCUUCGGACCACAAACUCGAUGUUAUUUUUGUCCAUGGACUCUAUGGUUCACUCGGCAACACAUGGCGUCAAGGUGACUGGAGACCAAAGUACAAAAUACAACCCGAUAUCGUGCCUUUAAUUGAUAGGAAACUAAAUAAAUGUGAAUGCCAAGAUGUUCAAGCUAAUAUGUACGAAGACGAAUUUAAUGAUUUAGAAUUUAACAAAACAUUUUAUGACGACAUAAAAAUAAUACCAAACGAUGAUAUAUUUAUAACUGAAAACUUCUAUACCAAUAGUUUGUUGGAUCAAGUUGAAAUUGUAGAUAAUUACGAGGUACAAGCUGAAUUCGUAAGGGAUUUAUUUAAUAAGGAAAACAUAAGGAAUUGUGAUAAUGUCUGUGAUUCAAAACAAUGCAAAUAUGGUAGUGAAACUGGUUUAAAUAAGGGCAAUGUAUGUACAUUUAAUGAAGUUUAUGUAAAUGAAAAAGUCAGUUGUGAAUGCGAAGCUCAAAAUGAUAUUAAAUUUAAUAAUUGUAAUGUAAACGAAGGAUAUACAGAUGAAAGUGCACAGUGUAAAUGUAACAAAAGUACAAACGAUGGUAAAAUAAAUGACAAUGAAGUCGAUAAAUGUAAAAACAACGAAGUCGAAGUAGAAAUAAAUGGAAAUGAUACUUGUAAAUGUAAAAUAAAUGAGAGUAGAUCUUGUGAAGUGGGCUGUGGGUGUGUUUGUGACGAAUGCUACUCUGCAUGCUGGCCCAAAGAUUGGAUCAAGGAGGAUUACCCUGACGCUAGAGUUAUAUCGAUUAAUUACACCAGUGAUCCAUAUUUGUGGAGGCCGUUAUGGGUCAAAGAAAGUAAAAGGUUACGUCUCCACGAAAGGGCGGAACAAAUGUUAGAACAACUAUUGGAGUUGAACGUGGGUGGGAAACCGAUAAUAUGGGUGGGACACUCGAAAGGAGGGCUGUUCAUAAAGCAGAUUUAUUGUGAAGCAUAUGAAGCAUAUUUAAGAGCAGGAAAAGAAUUUAAUAGCAAUAAUCAUACUGAAGAUAAAGUAAACGGAAAUGAGACAGAAAAUAUAGACCUAACUGAAUAUAACAAGGAUAACGAGUUAAAUAAUAUAAAAGACAAUAAAAACAAUAAUGAAAUAUUUGCAGAACAUACUAUUACUGUGAGAGAGGUUGAUGGGAUCAACGAACCUGAUCCCCGUGCACUAAAUACAAAUAAUAUAAAAGAUUUUCAGAAUAAUAGUGAAAAAGUAACACAGCAAUUUACUACUGCAAGAGAGAUUGAUGGGAUCAACGAACCUGAUCCCGGUGCACUAAAUGUAAAUAAUAUAAAAGAUUUAGAAAACAAUAGUGAAAAUGUAACACAGAAAUUUACUACUGCAAGAGAGAUCGACGGGAUCAACGAACCUGAUCCCCGUGCACUAAAUGUAAACAAUAUAAAAGAUUUAGAAAAUAACAUUGUUACAGUUACAAGACAUAUUGUUACUGAGAGAGAGAUUGAUGAAACUAGUAAUUCUGAUCCUCGUGUAACAAAUAUCAGAAACAGGACAGGUAAAAAGGAAACGGUAACUUCUUCUGUUAGUGGCGGAAUGUGUAAUCGUGACCCAAUUCUGAAUAUAGACGAAGAGAACGAUGGUGUUACUUCAGAAUUGGAUGCUGCAGACAAUGAUGCGAGUUUAAAUAACAAUAUUGAAGGUAUUGGUGAUGUUUUGGACGACAGUGGUGAUGUAAGGAUUGAUAAUCGUACAGUGUCUUCAGAUAACAAAGAGGACUUGGAGAGAAGAAAGUGUGGUAUUUGGUCGAAUAGCGUGGGUUUCAUGUUUUACUCGGUACCCCACAGGGGGUCCCCGCUUGCGGACUUCAAAACGCCUAUCACAGCAAGAAGCAUCGAACUUCUGGAGAUAAGCAAAGAUUGCGCCCUGGUCCUCUCGCUGCAGGAGCGUUGGCUGCGGGCCACGUCUGUCACCAGGCCAGCAGUCCGUAGCCUGGUGGAGACGACCCGCACCCUGAUGUCUGUGCUCUGGCUGAGGAUUGUCAGCGUCCAUUCAGCUGACGCGGGCAUCGGUGGAUUGUACGGCGUGUCGGUCGACCAUAGAGAGAUAUGCAAGCCCUCCAGUAGACACUGCAUGCUGUACAAAGAACUGCUAAACCUCAUGGAGAGUGCUUUGAACAAGUGCCGGUGUCAAUAGAUCAGUAAUAGUGGAAGAAAGAAAGAAACCUUACACGUGUUUUACAGAAAAAUAUACGACCACCCACACAGGAUCGGUAGACAGCAGAGGUCGCCAGUUCGGAGGCCGACCACAUUUUUUUUAUACAACUUAGAACGGCAAACAAGCUGACGGCCCACCUGAUGGCAAGUGGUAACCGUCGCCUAUAGACAUGAGCAGUACCGUGCACAUAACAGAGUAUACUGUUUCGCCCAUGAUACCCCCCAUGCGUUGCCAUUCCUGAGGACUCAGGUGUUAUUCCUCUGUACCCAGUAAAUUCACUGUCAAAUCCCACCGUUCAAACCGAAACACAGCCAUGCAAACACAACUGCUCCACUGUAGAAACACGGAUGAGACAGAGGUGGUCAAGCAAACGACUUUUGUACAAAGUCUCCCUCUGGUACAGUUAAAAAAAAUAUAGAAAAAUCCAGAACUCUCACCUUCCAACGUCUGGACGUAUACUGGUGGUGGAAUUCAAUUAAUUAAACGUUAAUUAAAAAUGCUUUUAAAAUAACUUUAUUAUAAGUUACCAAUAAUGAAAAUCCGUUUUUAUUGUAUCAAUAAAUAUAUUUUAAUAUA